UUAAUGACGUAUGAGAGACGAGAGGGACGAGGAAGUGACUCUUUAUCAACAAGAGGAAGUAGAUUCAUCAUUUGUCUUUAAGACGGAAGAAGCAGAGAGACGAGAGACGGAGAGGAACCAUGGCUGAAUUCAGAGGGAUUCAAACCUCUUUGUUGCUGAUUCUGAUGCUUCAGUUUACAGAAGCAGCAACAAGACAACGUCUCACUGUCAGAGAUGGAGAUGAAGUCACUUUGCCUUGUAACAGUGUGACUGAGGACCAGAACAACUGUGACUCUACUGUGUGGUUCUUUACUUAUUUAAGAAGCACACAAGCAGUAGUUCUGGUUACAAACGGGCAGAUUGAAGAAGCCAAAGCUGAAUCAGACAGACUGAGUGUUUCACAGAACUGUUCUCUGGUUAUGAAGAAGGUCACACGUGGAGAUGUUGGUCUUUAUCUCUGCAGACAGGUCAGACCAGGAGGACAAUAUAAAGAUGCUGAGGUUCUUCUGUCUGUUGUUUCCAUGACCGAAGAGACGAACAGAGACAAGGUGACGUUAAGAUGCUCUGUGUGGACGAAUGAACGAUGUGAACACACAGUGAAGUGGAUGAAUGGUGGUCAAGAUGUGGACAAAGACAAAGAAGUGAAGACAUCACCGUCUCUCUGCUCCGCCUCUCUGUCCUUCAUGACUUCUCACUUCUUUUACACAUCAAGCUUCACUUCAUUGACGUGUGAAGUGACCGAUGGAGACAAAGUGAUGCAGUUUUCUCCCUCAGGUGAUAAAACAGGUGCUUUUGUAACAAAGACGACUUACAAACCUCCAGUGAAUGAGACACCUGAGAAGAAGACGACCAAAAGUCCACCUGAAGACAAGAAACCAGUGACUGCAGCCUUGUUGAGGACCUUCGUUGUGUGUUUGGGUUCAGCAGCACUUUUAAUAAGUGUUGUUACAGUCAACAUCUGGACAAGAACUAAAGGGAAAGAAACCCGGAUGGAAGAAAUCAUGCAGAUGGAUGAGGUGGUUGAAGGAGACGACUCGGUGAACUACGUAAACGUUGGAGAGCCUUCUGCCUCCGUCUCACUGGACUGAUGGACGACGUGAAGCCACCACAGAGUCCCUGAUGUCAGACGCCAUGACGCCGUUGUCCACGGCAACAGACGCUUUAAGAGGCUUCAGUGCAGAAACGCUUGUGUUUCACUUUAAACGGGACAAAGAUGCUUCAGUCUUUAUACAGACUGAAUGUUUCCUCCUGUGAAGCAGCAGCGCCUUCUGCAACUGCUGUUUAUAUGUUCACACGUUCAUGUUCACCUGCUACGCUUUAUUCUAUUACACAAUGUUAUAUGUGCUUUAUUCUGUUACACAAUGUUAUAUGUGCUUUAUUCUAUUACACAAUGUU